AUGCUAUCAAAUCGGGCAUUUUUCCGAGACAAUCUGGUUGACCUUGGAACUACGUUGAUUGCGCUUACUGCAGAGCAAAUGGUGGCGGACGAAGUGGUACAGAUGAAUGAGUACACAAAGAAGAGCAAUUUUCAGGCAAAGGAGCUGAAUGCGAAAAUAACCACUGAGAAGCUGAAGGCAUAUAAUGGAGAACUUUACUUCACUUCGGGACGAUUUGGGGCUGUGUUCUUGUUGCCAGGUGCAUCGGAACCACAUAAGACCGAUGCGGAUAUGUCGGAAGCGCCAAGCCACACUGAUUAG